GCAUCGAGGACAAGACCACGACUGUUACAUCGAGACAUUCAGACUAGUCGGAUGUCGUGAAAUGACCCAGUUCAUACUAUGACCAUAUCCGUCAUUAAAGUGUACAUAUUAUUCAUCUUUGUUGACCUAUCGACCUGUUUUGAUUGGACAGAUGGAGCCCCGUCCAAACUGAAGAAUAUCAGCUGCGUCCUCUACGCAAAGAGGAUUCUCACCUGUAAUUACGACGUUCCGGACAACGUUCAACGGGACCUCACGACAUGUACGGCAUGUUCACAGUCGAUAGAACUGCAGACCCCAAAUGACACGUGUCCCGAUGCCUUCCCAAGUUUGGCCUGCAACACGUCUGUUGGCAAAUGUGUGUAUGACUGUGAUAGUCUGGAGUACUGUGAGUACUAUCACAUCUUAAACGUCACCCUAACCGGAAGUGACGACACAGAGGCAGUCUCGAUGUGCGGACAGAUCAGAACAGACCGACACAUACAACCUGGCCCAGUGAGGAACCUGAGCGUGACAGCCAUAAACAGCACUACACUACACGUGGAAUGGAAGAAGCCACACGACAGAUACCGCUAUUAUGAUGUUUACAGAUACGUUGUCAGAUACAGGGAUGGAAAGAAACAUGUCAUGAAGUUAAACACCACUGACGAGGACAUUGGCGUUGUGUUAACUGACCUGGUGCCACGGGGUAACUACAACAUCACAGUGUGGGCUCGACCUCGCCGCUGGGGGUUCCGCAGCAUUCCGCAGACAGUUUCAACAUCAGUCGAAGGCAAGAAUUUCAUAGCUUAUAUUUGUAAGAAGUACCAGAACGCAGAACAAAGACCAACAGCCUCUUCUGAUGCCAAGGGGCGACGGUGA